AUGGCGGCAACAUCAAUCACAGAACUUGAGACUCGGACUGAGACUGGGACUGGAACUGGAACUGAGAAGGUGGAUGCCCCAGCUGAGGCUGAGGCUGAGACCUCCUCGCAAGCCCAACAACCAUCAUCGUUGUUAUUGCCGCUCUUACGGAAAUUGCAUCUUCCGCCUAAAUGGAAAGCAGGAUGGAUCAGAAACGAGGAAGGACGAGAAAAUGAACAACAGAACGAGAUCGGCCAGGGAGAGCUGGAACGGGUAGGACAGCAGCACGCAGUAGUGGAGCAGGAGGAGGAAGAGGAAACUAACGAAGAAAGUGUCAUGAUUGUGCGAGACUCGCAAUCAACAAGGAGCAGUGGCUCUGUCUCAUACUACUCCUAUGAUGCUACUGGUAUCGACGACGGCAGCGCGCGGUGGAGCAACAUGUGGCGGCGCAUCCGAAGAUUUCCACCUUUUGGGGGUCUUGCUCACAUCAGCUAUAGGAUUGGGUUUCACCAUAUCCUAAUGACCAUCAACACAGUAGCUAUGAUCAUGCUUUCAAUAUUAGUCGCGGGUUGCUCGUCACCUCUGAUGCGCAACAUAUAUCUUAUGGAAUUAUCUUACCAGAAUGAUGGCUGGAAUUCUAGCUUGCAAAAUAAAGAGUUGGAGGUACCGAACCCUUCCUUCUACUCCGUGGUGGCAAACAUUAGCUCCACCGGAAACCUCGCCGUUCGGGUAGGAUACUUUGGGCUAUGUAUGGCGACCAACACAGGAGGAGAUCCUGUUAGCUGGAUUUGCCGUGGAAAGGCAAAGAAGCUUGUAGCACUCGUGGAAGGCGUUCAAGAUCCUCUCAACAUUUUAGCCAUUGCGGACAACUUUCGAGAUGAAGUGAUCGUUUCUGUGGUGAUAAUCAUAGCAAUUGUCAUGACCCUCGUAGGAGUCUAUGGCAUGAGCACGUUCCCUAGAUGGCAGGAUAAUAUGGAUGAUGACACUGGAAGCGAGAUGGAAGGCACGCCCGUGCCUUCAACGGCGGCCUCAAGUCUUAUUAUGGCUUUCGAAUCCCUUUCAGUGCUAUUCCUCAUUACUGCUAUUCUCUGGCAGCAUGUCGCAGCGGUCGCGCACUCAGCGACGGCACAAGCCGCCUUCAACAGUAUUGUCAGAGGUAACGUGGGCAGCGUGGCAAUGGGCCUAGGCUGGGGCUCCAUCGGGUUGAAACUCAUUGUAGCCCUAGGUCUCAUGCUCACUAUAGUGUCCAUAAGACUCCUCAAAAUGCUCGACGACGACAGCGAUGAGGGUCCCUUGAAUUGGCGCCCCGGAUGUAUUGUUUUCCCACUCCGAAUGGUCUUCUUCUGUACCUACUGGCUCUGCCACUUGCCCCCCUCUGUCAGCCUGAACCUGGACCUAGGAGGGGUAACAAUGGCUCAAACAGACUGGUACGAACAAAAUAUCCGGCGACUAUCCAGAACUGUUCCUGGAUAUGAUGCUCUCUGCCAUGAGAUUCCUGGUGAUAUAACCAUCACACGCAUCGAUUUCCCUGGCAAUGGCCACGCUCACCUUGGCGGGCCCCCUGCUCGUCGCCGUCUCCAAAAUCCCGAUCUGCUGGUUGAGUGGCUAAGUGAAGAACUCGAAAACAUUGAGACCCGAUACGUUUUGGUGGAAGACAUCAAUUCGUUCGUCUGUCAUACGCUGGGAUCGGUCUUCCGCAUCGAGCCCAACUUCUUCCUGGAUCAUAUAAACAACGAGCUCGCCAGAUUCCCCGUGACCACACGCGACCGACGGGGCCAAUGGAAUACAUGGAAUCUACCGGCCCCAUACAAUUCCUUCCGUUGGUAUCGGCCUGUUUCUCGGUCGAAGCACUCUGAUGCCGUACUCAGGCGCCGGCAGAUCGAGGAGAGAUACGAGAGAGUCAGAGCGGGAAGGCAGGAAAUCAUCGGGGAGGGUCGUAGUCGACGUACUCAAACUACUUUCACCGUUGACAUUGUCCAUGCUGUUUCGAAUAUUCUCCGUCCCGAAUGGGACCUGUCCGCUUCCACGAUGGCUGCCGACGGUCUGGUUGCGAUUGAAGAGCGCGUUUCAAUCUACCAGACUACGAGAAACGGGGUGCAAUAUGAUGCAAUCCCCAGGGCAUCAAUGGCAACGUGGACGGAGAUUGACAGAGCCCCUAAUGAUCCAUGCAUUCCUCCUGCUGAUGCAGACUUCACGAUUAAGGAUCUGUACGAAAUUCUAGUCCCUCGAUUCACUCUCAAUAUGAGUUCUGCGAUGAUUUCUACGGUAGGAGAGGACCGACUCAAGGAAAUCUACGGGACCCUCUCUUCUACGACGAGAUGCCUUCUUGACAACUGUCAUCCCGCGAAUCAGAUCCCUACCACUGACCCGGUAUCCUGUGGGCAUCUGCCGUUCAUUCACCUUUUUCGCAUCGUCUUGUCUGAUACCCUAGGCCUCCUUCAGCUUCUAGAUACUGUGCAGAGGGACAUUGUGCAGUCCAUUGCAUCUCAGGACGCCCAGAUUGACGAUAUUCUCGUUAAAAGAACAUUCAUCGCGAAGCUACUGGCUCAGCUCCCCCCAUUAUGCCGAGAGCUCAAAAAUUCUCUAAACGAGCUCCUGAAGCAAGGCAACGGCGAUCCUUCGCAGGACAAAACUAUUGACCACCUCGCUAGCAACUUUGAAAACACAAUCCAGGACCUGAAAGAAGCCUCAAACGCAAUCACGGGUACCUUGCAGUUCGUUGAAAGCCACCGGGCCAUCAUGGAGGCUGAAAGCAUCACCCGAUUAACGGAGCUUGCUUUCUUGUUCAUCCCGCUCUCCUUCGCCGCAUCUCUUUUCUCCAUGCAAAUCCAACCACUUACUUCCCCUGUUCCUGUGCAGUAUUUCAUCGCAUUCGCCUUGUCACUGAGUAUAUCGACCUACGCCCUCCGUUUCCUUACUCGCAGCGGAUGGGUGCAUGCCCAGAAACAAAAGACUCUGACCGCAAUCCGCACUCACAGCUCUGUACCCCGCGGUGCCCCAAUCACCAAUACAGCUAUCCUAGCCUGGGUCUUUGCGCGGUUUGCACCAGUAUUGGUAUUCCUGCUCAUCGUCGCGUGUAUCCUGGUCCCUCCACUUGCUGUUCUCUGGAUGCGCGAGCUGGACUCGGGGCUCAGAAUUGCGGUCACGUUUCUGUUCUUUGUGUUUGUGGUCUCGGUCUCUGGGGGAGUUUUAUUGGCGGUGCCUGAUCUUCGUAGAGUGGUUCAGAACGGGCUGGGCGCUGAUUGGUAUGACGACGCAGCUGCAGGCGAGCGCACAACGCCAGGCGGAAACAAAAAGCCCUUGCGGAAAAGACUAAGGAGGUGGAUUAUUGGUAUUAUUCAUUAG